UUUGCUUUGACGUGCGUGAUCGUGAAAUUCUCAUCACUUGCUGUUACAACGUCGUAGCGUGCGGACGACUCGUGAGGCGUUCGUAUAACUAUUCGGGCACUUUACCCGCAACCGCGCGUAUUACGUACGUGAGUUAGUAAGGUGUAAAAAUAAUUGUGAAUAAGCAGUUAAACAAUAAAAGUUGUUUGUCCGGGAGUAGUCACAGUAUGCGGACGUAAGUCUUAUCGCGAUAGAGACAGUGCCCUGCGACAGCGCGUACCACUGAAACUCGAGUGACGCUAUUACGUCUUAAUACGUUAAUUGAAAUGCGAAUUUACUUUGUAAUAAAAUUCAAUAUAGGUCUUUUGUGUUGGGAGAACGUCAUAGCGGACAUUAUCGCGAGGCGUUUUUUUUAACGUCCUGGCACGUAAUCCGUAGGCGCGUCACACGUAUGAGUCACUACAAGAACACAAAGUGGGGAUUGUGAUUAGGAAUAAAUCAAGGUCACUUGCCGGGAAAAACAAUUUAAUACCGAGUUGUAAGAUUUUUUACAAUGUGUAGCCAUCAUUACCCACUUACAUCAAAUUAAUUACGAGUGUACGUUGCAAUUGCGUUGUUACGCGACAUUGCGGAACACUUCCGAUAGUAUUACGUGAGUCAUGUAAAACGUUUGAGUGUGCGUGUGCGAUUUCUUUUGCACCGCACUGUUAUUCCGGGUGUCGUUGAUAUCUGAAAGUGAAUUGAUAACAGUUCUCUAUUGUGUGGAACAAUUAACUAUCUACUGUGAGGAAUACUUUUACCUGUCACUGCAGAGAACAAUCGAUAUUCUUACGGGAUUAAACCGAUCCUGGUGGAGCGAGCCGUCGAAUCCGGAACGUAUUCCUGUAACAAAAAAAGAAAAGAUUAUCAAUCAGAGGGGUCCUUUUUGGCGGUGAAAUGAAGAGCAACAAUAACGAUUAUUUAUUAUUUAUAAUUAAUGUUUAUUAUUUAUAACGUUUGUUCGGUCAUAACUUUAGUUUAAAAAACACGAACUUAAAUAAUUUAACUAAUUUUGCGUUCUGAAAAAAUGUAAAGCUGAUUUAUAUCUCUCAGCACAUUGCAGGUCUAUUGAACAUUACCGGCAAACCUAUUCUAAUGCCUAUGGUUCACUCUUUUUUAUAUCACUUCCAGUAUCAUCUAAAAAUGUUGUUAGCAUGUUUUUAGCUCAUUCAGACAUAUUCGAAGAUGUUUCUUUGUUCUUGCAAUAUUAAAUAAAUUUUUUAUCCUACUGCUGGAAUAACUGUAUCUUAUUGUUAGAGAGGUUCAUAGAGAGGGGGCCGCAUACAAAUUAGUAUACGCGCAUACUAAUUUUUACCAGCCAAAACUUUUAUCAUCUACUUCUAAAUUUAAGGAGGAAUUUAUAAGAGAAUUCAAAAAAUAUGACGAAACAAUCAAGAGAACAUUAUCUCCAAGUUCUAACUCAACUUGAAAAGGCAGUAUCAGAAAAUAAUCUUGAUAGCUUAAAAAAAUUAAGUAACUUAAUUGAUAACAUAAGUAAUGCAGAAGAUCAAAUAACUUUGAGAGAUUAUUAUGAUAGUGCCAGCAACUCUGUUAAAAGCACUAAUUUAGUUAUCUUAGCUUGUAAACAUAAUAAAGUAAAAAUUUUAGAGUAUCUAUUUGAUAGUGAUAGUAAAAUUCUAAAUAAUCUAUCUGUUGUUAUUGGAAGAAACACUAUACUACCAGGUGAUAAAGAUGAAACGUGCCAUAAUGCCUUUUAUUAUGCUAUACGUUCGUGCAAUAUUGAGCUUCUUGAUACACUCAUUAGCAAAUGGCCAGGUAAUUAUUUUGCUGUUUAUUUGGGAGAAUUGGAUACAAUCCUUUCAAGAGCUUAUGAAGAAUUAAAGUUAAAAAACGUACCAUUAUCAGACGAAAUAGAAAUUUUUGUCGAAAAUAAGUUAGUAAACCUCCGUUUCUUCUCUAAUAUUUCUCGAAAAGAUAAAAAAGUGCAGAAAUGUGUUAACAUCAGAGAACGGAUUGAAUUAACACUUCAAAACAUUAACUUAUUAAAAACAGAUUACUCAAACGCGGAAAAAGCAGAUAAAAGGGCUUUAUUUGUAGCAAAAUCUAUUGCACAAAAUAUUCAUAUAUUAAAGCGGCAGUUGAAAUCAACCUAUGAUAUAUUACCUUGGGAAGAAAUGGAGUUUUGUUUAGUCAGUUUUGUUUCCUCUCACACAAAACGCCAAGAAAUUAAUCUAUUUUAUAAUGCUACGCUGAAUAAAAGCAAAAUACUAAAUCACCUAGAAAAUUUUGCAAAGAAACUUGAAGAUAUAAAAGAUAAUAUAGGAAGUGUAAAUAUUGAUAAAUUUGCUGAUUUUCCAAAGUUAAAACGCGAGAAAGUUGUUGCAGAGAUUAUUAGCAGUUAUCCUCAAUUUGAAGAGUUGUAUGACGAUUAUCAACAAAUUAGGGAUAUCCAUUCUUUAAUGAAAAUAAGUGAUAAUAUUAAGCUGGCGUUAUCAGUUGAUCCUAAAAAAAGGGAAGGACAGUUAAUUAUUACAAGGGUUUUGCAGGUUAUCGGUGAGCAUUUAAAAAACACAUUAGAAUCACCCAAGUUAUCUAAUGAUACAAGUGAGCUUUUGCUAUUAUCGUUACCAAAAAACACAAGACAAAUAAUUAUAGAUUUACGUAAUUCACUAUCACAUGCUUAUUCACUCUCUAAGAGAACAGAAAUUGAGGAAAAUACAGAUGGUAGUUUUUUUAUCGGUGUUCAAAAUGAUACUAAAAGAAUCGAUAUUGUAAUUACUGAUAUUCUUUACAGUAAGAAGAUUAAAACGCUCAGAAUGCUUUUAAAACGAAUUGCUGAUAGCGAAAGCUUAGGUGAGAUAAAAGAAAUUGCUGAAAUAUUCAGUAAUGUUAAAUUGGAUGAAAUAAUACAGGAAAAUUUUAAAAUGAUGGAACACGAGAAGUUUGAAAAACUUAUUAAAGAAUUAAGUGAUAAUAUAACUGACAAGACGAAUUAUGAAGAGGAGCUGUUUAAUGAAAUUAAUAAUAUAAUCAGUUGUGCAGAAACUCUGUCAGAAAAUAUCCAAAUUGAUUAUAUUACAGGACAUAAAUUAAUAAAGUUCUUAAUCAGUUUGAGUGAAAAUCUUAACUUUGACGGCAAUUAUGAUUUUAGAGAAAUAAAAGAUUUUGUUAAUCAAAUAUUAGAGAAUAUGACUUUGAAAAUAAAGCCUCAUAGUCUUAACGAAAUUUCUAAGUUGGUAAUGAAAAUUUUUCGUAGUGUUAGAUCAAGAAUACGAGAUGACGAACUUGCUAGAGUAAACACAUUAAUUUGCAAAAUUUUUUUUUAUAUUCCUGAAUUUGGAACAAGUAAUAUCAGAUGGAUUAAGAAAUUAAGAGGAAUGUUGAAUGAAAACGGUUCGUUUAUUUCUACUUAUAAACAAAGGAAGACUUACGAUAUAACAGAAGAAGAAUAUAAUAAGCUUACUUUGAAGCUAUCUGAACUGAAAAGUAUUUUAAGUAAUAACGGAUUGAGUGACCAAUUAAUUGAAAAAUUACCUUCCUUCAAGAAUGAUCAAAAAUUGCAAACACUAGUAGAAAUGCUUGUUCUAGAUAUAAUGUCAAUUUUAGGUAGCUCAGGGCAUUACUUGGAAAAUAAUUUACUAUCUUUAGACGAUAACACUCCUUUGUUAACUGGAAAAUGUUUACGUAAUCAUUUAGCGCAUGAUAAUCCCUUAGUUGACGUUAUGUUAUCUGAUCCUUCAAUAGCAGUUGUUUUGAACGCUAAAAAACUUACCGAAGGAAAUAUAAUAAAAACCAAGAAAAAAAUUGGCAAGUUGAUAAGCGAUAAUUCCUUCAAGGUGAAAGAGAAAUUCGAUCAAGACUUAGAUACCAUUACUAAUCAGGAAAGAAUGUUUGCUGCUUUGGAAGAAGGAAAUCUAGAAAGCUUGAAGGACUGUCUAAAAAGAGGAGCAGAUAUUAAUGCUAGAAGUGUUGAUUCUUGGACCACGUUACAUUUUGCUGUUAAGGGACCCAGUCUUGAAGUUGUAAAAUUCAUUCUUGAUAAAAAUUUAAGCGUUGAUGUGAAAGAUAUUAAUGGUCAAAGCUUAUUGCAUAUUGCUGCUGCCCAUGGAAGGAAAAAUAUUGUAGAAUUUUUUGUAAAAGCAGGUUUAUGUGUUAAUGAGCUGGAUAAAGUUGACAGAACACCGCUACAUGUUGCUGCUCAAUAUGGUCACGAGGAUAUUAUUAAAUUUUUAUUAAAAAAUAAAGCGAAUAUUAGUGCCCAAGAUAAAAAUGGUUUUCCACCUUUACACUAUGCAAUACAUAAUAAUCAUAUCAAUGUGACCAAAAUUUUACUGAAAAAAGAUAGAAACGUUGACAUCAAUGAAACUAUAGGUGGUCUUGCCCCGUUGCACGCUGCUACAAAGAGAGGUCAUCUAGAGUUAGUUAAUUUCUUGCUUCAAAAUAAGACAGACGUUAACGUCAGAAAUGAUGAAGAUUGGACACCGUUACAUAUAGCAGCGUUAUACGGCCAUCUGGAAAUAGUAAAUGCUUUAAUUUUCAAAAGAGCUGAUAUUAAUGCUAGAGAAAUAAAUGGUUGGACACCAUUACACCAUGCAGUAGAAAACGGUCAUAAGUUGAUAGUAAAUAUUCUAUUGAAGCAUGGAGCUAAUGUUAAUGCUGUCAACAAAUUCCACAAUAGUACACCUUUGCUCUUUGCGGCAAAAGAUGGACACGAGGAAAUUGUUAAAGCUCUACUGAAAAAUAAAGCCGACGCUAGUAUUGCCACUAUUACAGGUUAUACUCCAUUGCAUAUUGCUGCCCAGAAUGGUCAUCUAGGAAUAGUUGUUGCUCUACUUAAACAUGGUGUGGACAUUUGUGCUAGGGCUCACCAUAAUUUUACACCAUUAUACUGCUCGGCAGUUGGUGGUCAUAAGGAAGUUGCUGAAGUUUUAAUAAAAAAUGGAGCAAAGGUUAAUGAAACCACUACUGAUUUUACGCCAUUACAUGCAGCUGCAAUGCGAGGCCACAGAGACAUUAUUAAUCUUCUAAUAAAAAAUAAAGCUAAUGUUAAUGCUAAAUCUUUUGGUGGUAUGACACCACUACAUGCAGCUGUUCUGAACGGAUGCGUAGACAUUAUUGAUCUUUUAAUAAAAAGUCAAGCUGAGAUUGAGGCUAAUUCUUAUGACGGUAUUGAUCUUGUGAUAAAAGAUAUUACAUUUAAGGUUACAUCUAAGGUUAAAGCUAAAUUUUAUAGUGGUAUGACACCAUUGCAUCUUGCUACUCUUAACGGCCGUGAAGAUAUUAUCGGUUUUUUAAUAAAAUAUAGAGCUAAAGUAAACACUAGAGCUUUUAAUGGUUUUACUCCAUUACACACUGCUGUUGUAGAAGGCCACAAAGGUAUUGUUAAUCUUUUAAUAAAAAAUAAAGCCCAAAUCGAUGCAAGAGAUUUUGCAGGUAAUACUCCAUUACAUAAAGCCGUGCAAGCAGGUAAUAAAGAAAUCGUUGAGAUUCUGGCAGUAAAUGGAGCCAAUGUUAAUGUUAAGAGCGAUGACAACAUGACACCAUUGCUUUCUGCUAUACAAUGUAAUUACAGAGAAAUCGUGGAAGUUCUUAUAGCAAGUGGGGCUAAUGUUAACGCAGAAGGCAUUGAAUCUUUGUCACUUCUUGCUGGAUACAGUGAUAUUGCAGAAAUUUUGCUAGAAAAAACCUAUGUUGAUAUGAAAGAUUCUGAAAUUGCUGAUCUAUUAUAUUUGACUGCUGGUAAAGGUCAUAAUGCUCUGAUAGCAAGAGAAGCUGAUGUUGAUGCCAUAACUUAUAAUAAUCUACCACCAUUAUGUUUUGCAGCACAAAAGGGUUAUGAGAAAAUCGUUCAAAUUUUAAUAGCAGGUGGUGCUAAUGUUAAUGUUAAAUCUACAGAAAAUGUUACACCAUUACAUCUGGCAGCAGUAAAUGGUCAUGAUAAUGUUGUUAAAGUUUUGCUGGAUAAUAAAGCAAAUAUUAAUGUUAAGAAUAAUGACAAUAGAACACCUGACGAAUUAGCAGUGGCACGCGGUCAUUUACAAGUAGUUAAAUUGUUAAUGCAGUGCGAGAAAAUAGAUAUUGUUUUUAAACGUAACGAUGAUUAUACGAUAUUGCAUAUUGCUUCAGAAGAAAGUAACUUAGAGAUGAUAAAAUAUCUAGUAGAUAAGGGAUCUGAUGUUAAUGCUAAAAAUGCCUCUGGUUCAAAACCUAUACAUAUCGCAGCUAGAGAAGGUUAUAAGGAUACUGUAGAGUUUUUUCUUAGUAAGGGGUUAAGUAUUAAUGACCGUGGUGAAUUUAAUCAGACAUUAUUACACUUUGCUGCAAUGAAAGGACAUUUAGAAGUUGCAAAGUACUUGAUAUCACAAGGUGCUGACGUUAAUGCUAAAGAUGCUAAUAAUGGUUUAACUCCUAUGCAUGUUGCUGCUAAUUUCGGUUAUGUAGACUUUAUUGAAGUUUUAUUAAAAAAUGGAGCAGUUUAUAACGCUGUUGACAAUUCUUUUACAAGACCUUUAGAAAUGUCUGAUGACGAAAGCGUUAUCAGCCUAUUAACGGUAACUGAAAAAUUGUUUAAGGCUGUAAAACGUAAUGGUUUUUCAGAAGUUGAGAAUUACAUUAAAGCAGGUGCGGUCGUUAACGCCAAAAAUAUUAAUGGAACAUCAUUAUUACAUUAUGCUGCAUGGAAAGGUUAUGAUAAGAUUGUCGAUAUUCUAUUACAAAACAAAGCUGAUCCUAAUGCAGUUAAUAAUAAGGGGUUUACCCCUCUACAUUAUGCUGCUAAGUUCUCUCACUUAAAAGUUGUAAAGCUCCUAUUGUCUAAUGGUGCAGUGUAUAAUGCAGUUUCUGAUGAUGGUAAAACACCAUCAGAUUUUACUGUAGAUAAAAGUAUAACUAGUUUAUUUAAAUUAUUGAGUGACUCAUUUAAACAUGUUAAAAAUGAUAAUUUUCAAGUUAUUAAUGAUCUUAACAAGAUAAAGGAUAUUGAUACAGUAAGAGCAAUAAUGAAUGCUUGCGAUAGAGAAUAUAAAACGUUAGUAGUUGCUGCAGUGCAUAGUAACUUUUCAAAAGUCGAACUGUUGAAAGAUGUAUCACAAAUUGAUGCAUCCAUUCAGUUUAAAAUGGGAUUAUUGCUUCUCAAUCAAGGUGAUAAUCAGGGUGCCUUAAGUUUGUUUAAAAGCUCAUAUGAAAAAAGAAAAGAAAUACUAGGGUCAGAUAAUCCUGGCACUUUAGAUAUUCAGAAAUACAUAGGCAAAGUAUCGUAUACACAAGAGGCUUACCAAGAAGCUUUAAACACAUUUGAAGAAAUUUUCCAGAAACAGAAGGAAAUAUUGGGUUUGAAUGAUAAAAAUACUUUACAUACAAGAAGUACAAUUGCUUUAGUGCUGUAUAGGCUUGGAAGGAAUGAAGAAGCUUUUAAUAUUUAUCAAGAAGUUUGUCCAAAACAAGAAGAAUUAUUAGGACCAAAUCAUUCAGAUACAUUAGAAACUUACUGUCACAUGGCAAUCGUAUUAGAGAAACAAGGCAAACACGAAGAAGCGUUAAAUAUCAAUAGAACAGUUCUUGAAAGAAACAAAGAAAUUCAUGGUGCAAAUCACCAAAAUGAAGUGUGUAUUGAAAAUAAUAUAGCAGGGAUUCUGAUUGACCAAGGUAAGUUAGAAGAGGCAUUAAAACUUUUUAAAGAGGUUUACGAGAAAAAGAAAGUGAUUUUUGGUAUUAAUAAUUCGUACACUUUGGGAACGUUACAAAACAUUGCUGCAACAUUCUGGCAUCAAAAAAAAUUUAAUGAAGCCUUGAAAACUUUUCAAGAAGUUUUUGAUAUCCAGAAACGUGUUUUAGGACCAAAUAAUCCUAAUACCCUGCAAACUCAAUACAGCAUGGCAAAUGUACUUUUUGAUCAUGGUAAAUGCAUUGAUGAGAUUCUAGUUGCUCAAGGUAAGUUUGAAGAGGCAUUGAAACUUUAUAAAGAGGUUUACGAGAAAACGAAAGUGGUUUUUGGUGUUAAUCAUUCGAGUACUUUGGGAACGUUACAAAACAUUGCUGUAACACUCUGCCAUCAAGAAAAAUUUCAUGAAGCCCUGAAAGCCUUUCAAGAAGUUUUUAAUAUCCAGAUAAAUGUUUUAGGACGAAAUAACCCUAAUACCUUGCAUACUCAAUACAACAUAGCAAAAGUACUUUUUGAACAAGGUAAAUGGAUUGGUGCACUUCAAACCUUCAAAGAAUGUUUUAACCAACUCAAAGCUAUUUUUGGACCAAGUCAUCCCACUGUUUUGGAUAUUUUAAAAAAGAUAAAACAUAUUAAGAUUGUACUUAAGUUUAUAGAUGACGAUCGAUCGGAAAUUCUCGAGUAUCUGCAGAAAGACAUUAACAUUGCUGCUAGUAAUGGUAAUAUACAAGCUAUCCGUCGCCUAUUAAAAGGUGGAGUUGAUGUCAAUGACAAAGACAUUGAUGGAAGAACACCGUUACAUUACGCUGUUAACAGUGGCCAGGUAAGUGUUGUGAACAUCUUACUAGAAAACGGAGCUGAUGUUACUCGAGUUACUAAUAAAGGUAACACACCAUUACACACUGCUACUUUUAAAGGUUACAAAGAAUUUGUUGAAGUUUUAUUACAACAUGUAAGUCAUGAUAAAUUAAACAAUUUCAUAAAUGCUAAAACCGCUGCUAGCGGUGCUACAUCGCUUCACGUCGCAGCCAAGAAUGGUUUUUUGGCUAUUACGAAGUCCUUAUUGAAGCGAGGUGCAAUUUAUAACAUUAAGAAUAAUGAAGGCAAAACACCUCUUGAUCUUUCUAAGGACCGAAAUGUUAAUGACUUACUGAAGCUAGUUGAAGAAAUGUUUAAAGAUGCAAAAAAUGGUAACCUUGAAAUAAUCAGCAAAUUAAAAGCGGUAAAACCUGAUGAGUUUGUAGUUGUAACAAAUGCUCGUAAUAAUCAAGGAAAUACAUUAUUGCAAGUUGCUGUAGCUAAUAGGCACAAGAAUGUUGCGAGUAAAUUGUUAAAAAUGCUAACUGUUACAAAUGCCAAAUAAAAAUUAACAAUUAGUUGUUAAUAUUAUAUAGAGAGAGGCGUUAAAAGUUUAAAACUGUAACGUUGUUGAAAUAUUACGUAACAAUUAAGUUAAUGAUUUUUACGAAAUUGAGCUUCAGUGAUUUGCUAUGAAGAGUAGAGUUAGCAAAAUAUUUCUAUCUUUUCGUCAUACUAUAAAUUCUACUUUAAUUCUCUUAAUUGUUUUGACAGUUAUAUGAUAAGGGCUAUAUACCACCAUACUGCCUAAACCUUAAUAACACUCCAAUUUAUGAAUUUUAUAAAUAUAUGAAUUAAUAAAGGUGCUACGAAACACGUUCAGAACAUUUAAAAUUUUUAGGCAUUGUAACAUCUUACUUAAUUGGAAUAGUUGAAAUUAGAUGAAUGGAAAUUAAAUCUAUUAAUUCUUUAUUUGCUUUGUGACCAAUUGUAAGUUCUGUCUAAUACCACUUUUCAAGUCACUUUUUCUUACUUUUUAUAUUUGAAUUUCUAAAAACGUAGAAGGAUAUACCUUUUGUGGCGUUCUGCUUUUCUCUCUUUAAAAGUAUUGGUCUUUUUCUUACCAUAUUUGGUUUUCAGUGCAUUUAGCCGCUUAAAGUACCUUUUUACAUUUGCGUUUUUUAAAUUGCGCAUUAUAAUCAAAAUGUGGCUGUCCUGUUUUGUCUGAAAGUAUAAGCAGACUUUUCUUAUUUUGAGAUGUAAUAAAAGAUAAUGCCUAUCUUUCAGUUACAGCGUGUGCAGUCUUGCCUAUGCGAGGGAUAUAGUCAGCUUGCGAUUGUGGUGUUAUAAUUGAUAUAGGAUGUAGGGAAUAUUUAGGACCACGAGAGGCAACAUCUGUUACAAACAUGAUUUGAUUGCGGCUACGAUGAAAAGAAUUGAUGAUUCUCUCGCGUUGUCUUGCAGUUUUAAAUCACCAUCAUGAUGUUAAAACGCUGUAGAGAAAGUGCAGGUAUUAUAGGAUGUACCUUAAGUCGUGCUUAAGAUAACUUGAGAACUAUUAAAGAUAUAUAUCCGAACUUAGUUUUUAUUAGGUUGUAAUGUUAAAUGUUUGUGAUGAUGAUUAUCAUAAUAAUACCUUAAGGUAUCCUAUCAAAUUUUGUUUAUUUAUAGUAAGUUUAAUAUUAUAUCAGUUUUUUCGAGGGUAGAUUUUGGUGUAAUGUGGAACAUACCGUGUAAUGCGGAUCAGCUUAUUAAUCUUGCAAAAAAAAAUUUUUCUCGUAUUUUGAUGCAUAUUAACGAUCAAGUAGUCUAUAAGGUAAAAAUACCCAGACAUAUACCUAUAUCUGGACUUUAUUAUUCAUAAGUAUAAUGUAUAACGCGAAUUAAAAUCAGAGAUAAAAAUAUUUUUUCUUGUAGUUUGAAACUUUAGUUAUAAUAUCCAAAUCGUUAUUUCCAUAAAUUUAUAUUUUUUUAAAGGUAUCCAGACAUGGUACGUGUCCAGGUAUUGGUACAUUUACCUACUCUUAAGUGUCCGGCGAGUAUUGGUACUUUUAUCUCUCUCUCUCUCUCUCUUAAAAUAAUUAUUAUAUUAUAAUUUAUUAUAAACUCUAAUUUUUGUACUUUUUGUAACAAUGUCAUGCAAAUGUAAGUAACAUGUUUAAAACUUUUACUCGAAUCAUAAUAAAAUAUACAGGCUGUCACUUAAUUUGCGCUUACUAUUUGUACAGCAAUUUUUCUUAAAAUCAAAAAUUAAGUCGAAAAGUCUUGAGUCAUUUUUUUCUAUAAUACUUAAUAAAGCAGUAAUUAUUGUAUAAAGUCAAUGCAAGUAGUUAUCGUUAGGAUGGGAAGAAGAAUGGGAAGUCCCGAUUUUUUAUCGACUUCCGAUGACAUAUCAAUGAAGUGACGCAUAUCCCUUGUUACGGAUUUUUGCGACACUCGAUAAGUUGCGGGGAGCUUGGUAUCUUUCAAUACUGGACCUAAAAAACGAAUAUUGGUCGUUCGGACUGCACUUUGUCUCCGUAACGUUCCAAUUAUUGGACACCAGAGCUGGAACUCAACGGUGUUUGCCUGCCUAGACGAUAUCAUCGUUUAUAGCCGGACC